AGACGAAGAAGAAAAGGGAAACGCAACGUCACUGAACAUGGCGGACACGUCAGAUUAUCCCAGAGGUUCUUCCUUCAUGGAUCCAUUAAAAGGGAUUUUAGUGGCUUAUUUUAUGCCAGAAUUGUGCUACGAUAAGUUCUUCCUGGAUCUGGACUUCCUGGACGUGCCAUGUGUGAAGAUGGUAGUGAGCAAAGCUCUGGGAAUCGGCAUCAUCCUGGGAUCAGUUCUGGUGAAACUACCUCAGAUCUUGAAGCUGAUGGGAGCCCGCAGCGCUGAGGGGCUGAGCUUCAACGCCGUGCUGCUGGAGCUGCUGGCCAUCACAGGAACCAUGGUCUACAGCGUGACGCACAAGUUCCCCUUCAGCGCCUGGGGAGAAGCUCUGUUCCUCAUGCUGCAGACCGUCGCCAUCGGAUUCCUCAUCCAGCACUACGGGAAGAGGACCGGCAUAGGUCUCCUCUUCCUGGCGGUUUACGCGGGCCUCCUGCUGCUCCUCCUGUCUCCGGUCACUCCCAUGUCGGUGGUCACCACCAUGCAGGCGUCCAACAUGCCAGCCAUCAUCAUCGGCAGGCUCAUCCAGGCUGUAACCAACUUCCGCAACGGACACACGGGCCAACUGUCGGCCAUCUCCGUCUUCCUGCUGUUCGCCGGAUCCCUGGCGCGGAUCUUCACCUCCCUGCAGGAAACGGGCGACUCGCUGAUGGCGCUGACCUACGUCAUUUCCUCCACCUGUAACGGCAUCAUCGCCCUGCAGGUGCUCUACUACUGGAACAGCAGCCCUGAACACAAGAAGAAGAAGAAGAAGAAAGAAUAAACGCUAAGGACUCCCUGGGAAUGCACCUGGGAGAUUCUUUUCUAUGUUUUCGUCUCAUUUUAGACGAUUUCUCCUCCUCUUCAGGCCCUCGAUGCAGGAAGAUGGGAAUUUUCCAGAACGGCUGAGCUGUUGCUGUUGCUGUGUGGGUGGGUGGGUGGGGGGCGUGGGUGUCGUCACAUUCCAGGAAAUGUUCCUAAUCAUGACAUGUUCAGAUGAUCUGAAUGAAUAAAGGUUUUGAGCUCUGAUCUCGUGUUAAAAACU